AUGCCUUCAGGACCGCCGACUGGACCUCCUGGGCCUCCAGGCGGCUGGCUGUUCACUCGCAUGUCAAAACAACAAGAGAUUCUCUUUAACUUGAUGGUGGCAUUCCUUCAACUUAUUCCUCAAUCGACCUUGACGACAGUCUUUCCAGUCAGCCGGGACAUCGCACAGUCUUUCUCGAUAUCGAAUCCUUCGGUACUGCCAUGGCUCGUCGCAGCGUACGCAUUGUCGUUUGGAACAUUCAUCCUAAUAGGAGGACGACUUGGUGACAUAUUCGGGCAUAAGACAAUGGUCGUGAUCGGCUAUUCCUUCCUCAGUUUCUGGAGUGUCGUGGCUGGGCUAAGCCAUUACGCUGGCUAUGAAUUGUUCUUCGUCGCUCGGGGAUUCCAAGGUCUCGGUGCGAGUCUGAUGGUGCCAAAUGGCUUAGCACUGCUGGGCCGAACCUAUCCCCCGGGGUCGAAACAGAAGAUCCUCUCCUUCACUCUGUUUGGUCUUUGUGCACCAGUUGGAGCCUACAUGGGGAUGAUCUUUGGUGCCUUAUUCACCAAGUUUGCAACCUGGUGGUGGAGCUUCUAUACUCUGGCCAUCGUAAGCUGUUUUCUAGCCAUCGCCGCAUCGAGUAUUUUGGUCUCUCCACCACCGACACCAAAGCAGAUGCUACCCGUCAAGGAGAAACUGCGGGAUAUGGACUGGCUUGGGGCUCUCACAGGUGUUGGCGGCCUGGUGUGCGUUCAAGUCUCACUAGUCUCCGCUCCCGCCUCCGGCUGGAGCACACAGUACAUUUUCAUGCUGCUGAUUAUUGGCAUCUUGCUCAUUGUGUUCUUUGUCAUCACCGAAGUCAAAAUCGCUGAACAACCUUUGGUGCCUUUCAAAAUGCUCAAGGCAGAUGUUGGGUUUGUCCUCGGCGCUGUGGCUUGUGGAUGGGCCACCUUUGGAAUAUGGACGUGGUUUCUGUGGAAAUUUCUCCUUGGGAUCAAACAAGAUGCUCCCCUUGAGGCGGCAGUGCAUGUCUUACCAAUCGUCCCUGUCGCCUUGAUUGCCUCAGUGUUGACCGCUUGGAUGAUGCGGAAGUGCUGCCCCUCCUGGACUCUGUUCUGGGCGUUGGUGGCUUUCACAUUCGGGCCGCUCCUUUUGGCCAUCGACUCAAACGUCGACAAGACGGUAUACUGGAGCUGGACGUUCGCCAGCCUCGUUGUCAUGCCUUUUGGCAUGGACAUGUCCUUUCCAGCGGCCACACUGAUCAUGUCCAACUUCUUUCCUCCUCAGCAACAAGGUGUUGCUGGCAGUCUCAUCAGCACCGUGGUCAACUACUCCAUCUCUCUCGGUCUUGGUCUCGCCUCUACUGUUGAAAUUCAUGUAAACAAUUAUGGGCGUGAUCCACUUGCCGGCAUUCGUGGCGGCUGGUUUAUGGCCGUUGGCCUAGGCGGCUUGGGAGUUCUCAUCUGCGUCGUCUUCGUCAUUAAAUCUAUUUUCUAUCCGACUCCGCAGCUACCGCUAGGACCGCCAGGACCGCCAGGACCACCACUUCCAUCAGGUCCAGGCACCAGCAUGCAAAUGGCGCCUCAGGUACCUCCCCGUGAGCGGAACCCAUCACGAGCUGCCACCAUUUCAAGUCUAGCAACUACGGUCGUCCCUGACAGCGCUGGAGCUUUGAGCCCCAAGCAAAGCGAGAUUGAGCUUUUCAAGUCCUUCAACUUCGAAAACAUGCCACCACCGUCGUCCCCGUCGACUCUUACCACGCCGCGAUCCCAAUCAUUCUGCACCUCACCACGUAGUGGCAUCUCAAACUUUUCUCAUCCUGCGUCACCCAUGACCACCAACAUCUCCAAACCACGUCGGAAAUCAAAAGACACUCAACACAGACAUCAUCCCCGCAGUGACAGGAUGGAGCACUCGCAUUCUCGCUCGAGCUCGCAAACGCACUUUGCUGCGCAGACGCCGCCCAACCCGAUGUCUGCACCCCCAAUGCCAGCUGAGCUGGAUGCCGUGUACCGUAUCCGCGGCAGCUUCGAAAGUGAGUACAGUAAUGAAGAGCCAGCACACCGCUGGGAGUGGCCUCCUGCUCGCCGCGACAGUGCUGCUAGAAGACAGGGCGGCGAGCAAUCUGACGACGAGUAUGCCUAUGGCUCGGGAUCUGGAUUCGCGCUACAAGACCUGGACGGGUUCGGGUACGAUGCUCGACCUGUGGUGCCCAGGGGAAUGGUGGGCGAUAGAUUCUGA